CAGGCGGUGGGGUUUCAGUCGGGGGGGAGUCUGACAGGUGGACCGUCCGUGAGCCCCGUCUAAUCUGGGAAAAAGGGACUUUUAGCGUCUUCCUCGGCCCUGGGAAGACCAUGGCUCUCUCCAGGAUCUGUCGAGAGUCUCUGCUGGUGAUUUUACUACAAAUCGUGCUGAUUUGCUCGGCUCAGAGGGGCCCGGUCGGUCCCAGAGGCCCCGCGGGGCCGCCAGGAGUAUCCGGCGUUCCCGGAGUGGACGGCAUCGAUGGCGACAGGGGAGAAGACUCCACAGUGACCGGAGGACCAGGCCUUGAUGGAGACAACGGCAAAGACGGAGCUCCUGGAGCUGCAGGCCUCCCAGGAGCAGAUGGACCCGUUGGACCUCCUGGAGAUCCAGGCACAGCAGGACUCAAAGGGCCCAAAGGAGAUCCUGGUCCACGAGGGCCUCCUGGAGAGCCGGGUGUUGGACCUGAUGGACUGGAUGGUAUCCCCGGUACUGACGGACUUCCAGGUGAACUGGGCAAAGUUGGACCAUCUGGAGCGAGAGGCAAGAGAGGUCAAGUUGGGCCUCCGGGUGCUGCCGGGCCGCGGGGUCCUCCAGGCGUGUAUCAAGGCGAGGACCUGUGUCCCAACGCCUGCCCCUCCAGUCUGACCGGACAUCCUGGCCUCCCCGGCAUGAAAGGCCACAAAGGGGUUAAGGGUGAAUCUGGUGAGCCUGGACGACAAGGACACAAGGGCGAGGAGGGCGAUCAGGGACCGCCGGGUGACGUCGGAGCUCAAGGACUACCAGGCCCAGGUGGAUCAAGAGGCCUCCCAGGAAUAGUGGGCGGCAAAGGUGACAGGGGUCCUCGUGGGAAACCUGGUGACGUCGGUCCUCAGGGAAUCCAGGGAGGCCAUGGCGAUCCCGGCCAGAGAGGAGCCAUAGGUGAGGUCGGGCCAGCAGGAGUACAGGGGGAUCGAGGUCCAGCUGGAAUCAGAGGAGUGCCAGGACCAAAAGGAGAGCCUGGCCUCGCUGGUCCUGAUGGCCGUGAGGGAAUACCUGGGCUUCCAGGAUCCAAGGGUCUUCCAGGUAAAAGUGGAGCUCCAGGUGAUGCUGGCCCACAGGGACUUCCUGGUUUGCCCGGCGCUUUUGGCCAGAAAGGCCACAGUGGGUUAAAGGGUGUCACAGGUGAUCCAGGUGUCGUAGGACUGAUGGGGUCUCCAGGGAAACAGGGCGAGCGCGGCGACCAGGGCGAGGUUGGACCGGUCGGACCCAGAGGAGGACCAGGUGAACGAGGGCCGAGAGGACACGAUGGGCCUGCAGGAGCACCAGGAGCCCGGGGAGGCAGAGGGGAUCCGGGCCUUCCUGGACUUCCUGGUCCGGCUGGUUAUCGUGGCCAGAAGGGCGACAGAGGUGCCGUCGGUCUGGAUGGUCCGAAAGGAGAGCAGGGACCUGCAGGUUCUGAAGGAACACCAGGAGACAGAGGAGAACUGGGUGAUGAAGGAGAACCGGGAGAGAAAGGAUCAACAGGUCCACCAGGCGAGACGGGAAAUAAAGGACCCGAGGGCAGCCGAGGACAGCCGGGCAAAGAGGGCAAAGAGGGCCAGCAGGGGCCUCGCGGCAUGCAGGGCGACAUGGGAGUACCGGGCCUGCCCGGAGCACAGGGACCAGCGGGAAAAUCACCAACUGAUACUCACAUCAAACAAGUCUGCAUGAGGGUAAUGCAAGAGCAGCUGGCCCAGCUAGCAGCCAGCCUGAGCAGGCCCGAGUCGGGCAUCUCCGGGCUGCCCGGUCCUCCUGGCCCACCCGGACCGCCAGGUCCCACCGGUGAGAACGGUUUCCCCGGACACACCGGAUCAAGAGGACUUCCCGGUCUGAAGGGUCCGGCUGGGCUGAUGGGUCGCAAAGGACCCAAAGGUGACCAGGGUGACAAAGGGGACAGAGGACCCACAGAGAGAGGACCCAAAGGAGCACCAGGUGCCCCAGGUCUACCAGGUGAACCUGGCCGACCAGCUUACGGUAAAGACGGUCGUGAAGGUUUGCGGGGACCCCGCGGUGUUCCCGGUACAGCCGGCGUUCCCGGGCCUCCCGGUACUCCCGGUCUGAACGGUUACUGCGAGUCGUCACAGUGCGUCCUGCCCAUGGUGGCGUCACCGGUUUCUGCAAAGGACACCAGCAUGAAGGGCCCCAGUGAGAUGUGAAGGGCUGAAAACUGAGAGACUGGAGGAGAAACCAGGAGCAGAAGAUUUGUCCAUUUGGGUUUUUUGUCACUUGGUUUGUAUGUUUUUGUUUUUUGUUUUAAAACUCUCUGAUUUGGAAAACGUAAUUUUGUUCUCUUGACGCCAUCUUUGUGGUUAUAAAGUGACACGAAGGUGGACACUGAACAGCACACCUCACCUUUUGAAACUCCUUUGCAGAAAAAGUUUCACGUUACCUCAGUUUUGCCAUCUCUGUACUGUAAGACCUGAGAAAUUCAAAACUCUCCGAACAUGUACAGACCUUCCAGCCACAUUUCUAACCAAGCAGCAACGACGCGAGUCUGAAAAAGUUUCUCUGUAUGUUUAUGUAAAUGUGUCAAUACGCAAAAUUAUACUGCUGGACGACGUACAUCUUGUUUGUGAGUAUCUUUGUCGUUCGUCCCCUCUGUGCUCCCCUCUUCUGCUCUCUCUGUAGGAUAUGUUUGAUAAUUUCUCUCUCAUGACGACUGUUGUUUUUGUUGAUUGGAGGGUGGCGAUGUGUGAAAACCUCUCUGGCAGUUUUAUAUGACUUCUUAUUUAUUAUAUCAAAGGUUCAAAGUGACAUCUUCGAGUUGUACAAAGGAGGAAAUAAAAAACAUUUUGAUAACCUC